UUUUGUAGAAAUAUAAUUCCAACGAGGAGCUCAGCAUGAAGUAGCCCCUCGUUGCUGAUUUCUGAUAAAAUUGGAGAUUGCGCACUAUCACGCUGCAUAUUAUUGGGGUUCUGUCAAAAUUUUCUAAUUUCGCAAAAUAGCAAUACGCUUGACGAACAUUUUACCGCAUUGUUGUCAGUAAAGAAAAGUUUAUCAAACAAGUACGUUUUCAUCGCGUUGUUCAACGUAUAUUGCCUAUAGAAAGACAAACUUGGAUUGAAGUUUUCAAGGACAUGGGAAAAAAUAACAAAACUAAUAAGCAGGCCAGUAAGAUGAAGAAAGAGAAACAGAAAAAUCAACAAGAUAAAGGAAGCGGAGGCGCUGCAUCGGCAGACUCUGCCGGGGAGAAACCGUUAGCGGAGUUCAUAGAUCAGCGUAUUAAAUUGUACGAUGAAUUGAAAAACCAGUACCUGGAAGAGUUGGCGAAGAAGCCGAAAAAUCCGAUCAAGGUGGUUCUCCCGGAUGGGAAGGAGGUGGACGCUGUUACCUGGAAGACCACACCGUACGAUGUAGCCAAAGGUAUCAGCCAAGGACUGGCCGAUAAUACAGUUAUUGCUCGUGUUAACAAUGAACUGUGGGAUCUGGACCGACCGCUGGAGGGAAGUUGUAAACUCCAGCUGCUGAAGUUUGACGAUCCCGAUGCGCAGGCUGUGUUUUGGCAUAGUUCGGCCCACAUUUUGGGAGAAGCCAUGGAAAAGCAAUAUGGAGGUCAUCUUUGCUACGGACCGCCAAUUGAGAAUGGCUUUUACUACGACAUGUUCCUAGAUGGCAGCGGAAUUUCCAACCAAGACUACGGCAAGCUGGAGAGCGAGGCUAAAAAAAUCGUCAAAGAGAAACAACCGUUCGAGCGGCUGGAAAUGAAGAAAUCCGAUCUGCUCAAGAUGUUCGAGUACAACCCGUUUAAGGUGCGCAUUCUGAACGCGAAGGUUACAACGGAUACAACAACCGUCUAUCGGUGCGGUCCGUUGAUUGAUCUUUGCCGAGGACCUCACGUUCGGCACACCGGCAAGGUUAAGGCUCUGAAGGUGGUGAAAAAUUCAUCCACCUACUGGGAGGGGAAAGCAGAUGCGGAAACCCUGCAGAGAGUGUACGGCAUUUCAUUCCCCGAUCCCAAGCAACUGAAGGAAUGGGAGAAAAUCCAGGAAGAAGCCGCAAAGCGUGAUCAUCGGAAGCUAGGCAAAGAGCAGGAGCUGUUCUUUUUCCAUGAGUUAUCUCCUGGCUCAUGUUUCUUCCAGCCGAAAGGCGCGCAUAUCUAUAACACUCUCAUGAACUUUAUUCGAGCUGAGUAUCGUAAGCGUGGAUUCCAGGAAGUGAUUUCUCCUAAUAUUUACAACUCGAAAUUGUGGCAAACUUCAGGACAUUGGCAGCAUUACGCCGAGAACAUGUUUUCUUUCGAGAGUGAGAAGGAAACAUUCGCAUUGAAACCCAUGAACUGUCCGGGACAUUGUUUAAUCUUUGAUCAUCGUAACAGAUCAUGGCGUGAGUUACCGCUGCGUAUGGCUGAUUUCGGUGUAUUACAUCGUAACGAACUAUCGGGAGCAUUGACCGGCCUGACACGAGUUCGUCGCUUCCAGCAAGACGACGCUCAUAUUUUCUGCAUGCCGGAACAGAUCCGUGAAGAAAUCUUCGCCUGUUUAGACUUUUUGCGUCAUGUCUACGGUGUGUUUGGCUUUACGUUCAAUCUGGUAUUAUCAACACGCCCAGAGAAAUAUCUCGGAGAUAUUGAAGUUUGGAAUGAAGCGGAGAAAGCUCUUGCUGAGUCUCUGGAUAAGUUCGGCCAAACCUGGAAGGAGAAUCCUGGAGAUGGAGCUUUUUACGGUCCGAAAAUCGACAUCACCAUUAUGGAUGCUCUCAAACGUAAUCACCAGUGCGCCACAAUUCAGCUAGACUUCCAGCUGCCAAUUCGAUUCAAUCUGAAUUACGUCGAUGAUAAUGGUGAGAAAAAGCGACCGGUUAUCAUUCACCGUGCAAUUCUUGGCUCGGUAGAGCGCAUGAUUGCAAUCCUCACGGAGAGUUACGCCGGUAAAUGGCCCUUCUGGUUAUCACCUCGGCAGAUCAUGGUUGUGCCUGUGGGUCCGCAGUACGACGAAUACGCCAACAAGGUGCGCCAGCGUCUUCAUGACGUCGGUUUUAUGGUCGAAGCUGACCUGGAUGCCGGUGAUACUAUGAACAAGAAGAUCCGUAAUGCUCAGUUGGCGCAGUUUAACUUUAUACUUGUGGUGGGUGAUAAGGAGCGCAGCUCGGAAACGGUAAACGUGCGUACCCGUGAUAAUAAGGUUCACGGCGAAGUUUCGGUUGAUGAGUUGAUUGGAAAGUUGCGUAAACUGGCGGAUGAACAUGUCCUAGGAGAGGACCAAUUUUAAAAAGCAAAAGUUUGUAUCAAAAGUGAUUGGCAUUUAUUACUGGGCGUCAUGCUAAUUCGCUCUCGUUUCAAUAACUUAUUAUCCUAAAAUUGCUUCAGGCAGAUGUUCUCACACAAAUAAAGUAUUUGACGAACA